AUGGCUCUACAGUUAGCGGAUCGUUCGAUCAAGUAUCCAACGGGGAUAGUGGAAGAUGUACCCCUGAAGAUUGGUGGAUUUUAUGUUCCAGUUGAUUUCGUGGUAUUGGAUAUGGAUGAAGACUCCAAAGUUCCGAUUAUUCUUGGUCGACCCUUUCUAAGUACCGCAGACGCCAUAGUUCAUGUUAGAGCGGGAAGGUUGACAAUGAAAAUCGGAUAUGAAACUGUGGAAUUCACUCUCGAUCAGAAUCUCCGACAACCCUCGACCAAUGAUACAAUAUGCUUCGUGGAUGUCUUGGAAGCAAUGGUCGAAGAAGUGAUGGAAGUAUGA